UACAGAACGCCUACUCUCUCUUCCCAGAAAAUUCAGAUUACUGGCAGUGUCACAUGUGUGACAACAACGGAGGGCACCAUGAGAUGUACAGCCUAUUGUGUUGCACAUGAAAACAAUACGGACAAAACCAGUGGGUGUGACCACACCGAUCUUAAGUGUGGUCCCUCCCCUCCUUGUUGGGAUAGAAGUUGCCGUGUGACAGUGUGUCAGCGCCUGCUGAACCUGUUGCUGGCGUGUCUCUCUACUUCAGUCUGAUAGUCGCAGGUCAACUCUCUCUCUCUCUCACUCUCACACUGCAAACAUGAUGGAAGAAGUGUCUAUCUCUGUGGCUUACAAUGCCCACAUCAUCGACCAGAUGUCCGAGGAGGAGAUCCUGGCCAGUUUAGUGGCGGAGUCCUUACCCAAACAAGCAGUCCCCACUUCACAGAUACCCUCUAAGAAGCUGAGGCAAGAAGACCCUCUUGACAGAUACCAGGAGAACCUAUGUCUUCACGAAACAAGUUUGCGCCUGGAGCAAGAGAACGAUCACCUGGCCCAUGAACUCGUCACCAGCAAGAUUGCCCUGAGGAAUGCCUUAAACCAGGCUGAGGACAAGGUUGACGAACUAACACAAGAGUUUUUGAAAACCAGGCACCAUUUGGAAGUGGCAAAAGAAGAGAAGAAAGAGAAAGAAGAGGAGGCCACUCAGCUAAAGGAAGUAUUCAGAAAAGAGCUGGAGAAGACAGGAACAGAGGUCAACAGGGCAAACAGCAUCAUAGCUGAUUACAAGCAGAUCUGCUCUCAGCUGAAUACAAGACUUGAGAAGCAGCAAACAGACAAUGAUGAGGAAAUGGCUUCAAUUAAGAGCAAAGUGAUGGAAUGUGGAAAGUGUUGCAAGCUCUUCAGUGUGGAUGGAACACUUAAAACAGAGGAAUCAAGAACUUUGUCAAAACCUUCACCAAGCAGAGAGAGGGACCUGCUCCAAGACCAGGUCCGAGAGCUUGAGAAAGAGCUGGCCCAGACCAAGCUUCAGAUGGUGGAGGCCAAGUGCAGGAUACAGGAACUGGAGCACCAGAACGGAGCGCUGACGACUGACCUCCAAGAAGCCAAGAAUGGCUGGUUGAGGAAGACCCUCGGCUCCCUGAGGAUGGCCACUACUGGUGCGCAGGCCUCCACACCGCGAGACGACAUCCUGGCGCCGCUCAGCAGCUCUCGGUCCGGGUGGGUGAGCGCCAGGAGACUCUCCCUGGCACUGAGAGAGGGUAGGAAGGCUCAUGUAUGAGGAUGAACUGGACACCAGAACUGUUUCAUAGGAAUCCAGAGGGAGAAGCACGACAGCUACGAUAUGGAGGUGCCCUUAACUGCUGCUUGGAGCUGGGCAGUAUCCCUGUCAGGGGAUGCAGAGCAAAUACUAUUGUUAAAGAAUAGAGAUAGUUGGUCCUGAAAAUUCUCACUCUCUUAGUCCCAGAGGUGGUU